UCAGUAUAAAAAAGUAUGUGCUAUGCUCAAAGUAUCAUCCAAUAAUCCAUACGUGGGAGAUAUAUCAUUUUAAAGCUAUGGAAACAUCAAUAACAAAAAUACAUCAUCAUUUGGAUAAAAUUUUAAAAUAUCUAAACCCUCUACUACCUUUGGCUAAUUGUCAUAUGGUAGAAUUUUUCACUGAAAAUCACUGGGAUAAAUUACUGCCAAAAAACUUAAUACAAACCAUAGAUAAAUGGGAUUUGAAUUAUGCUGUUGAAAAAUUUUGGACUUAUGCUUCAGAACCAACAAACAGUGAUAAUUGUGAACUUCGUAAAUGGAUCCAUAAAGCACAGAGUCACAAUUUGAAAGUAAAUAAUGAUUAUUGCAUAUCAGUAGAAGAUUUGGAACAACAUUUGGAGUGUUUGGGAGGAUGUGUACCUCCGGAGAUUAAGAUAACAGAGUUUAUGACCAGUAAAAAAAGCUAUGAGGUGCAAAAAAUGUCUCGUUUAGUAGCAUCUCUAUACAAUGCAACAUCAUCUACACAUUGUAUGGAGGCUGGAGGUGGUAGGGGACAUUUACUAGUAGCUUUGACACUCGGAUACAAUAUACCAAGUCUCACUGUUGAUUGUGAUGAUAAAGCUCUGAAGAAUGCAGCCCAAAGAGUUAAGAUAAUUCAAAAACAAUGGAAGGCUAUUGCUAAAAAAAUAACAAAUGGAAAUGAAGAAUUUCUUACUGAGAACAGACAUUGUAAUAUACAUCGUUUUGCGACUUCUUUUAUAACGAAUAAAACUAACGUUGCCAAUGUAAUGAAGGAUGCGUUUCCUGAACAUUGUGAUAAAGAUUAUAAAAUUCUUCUUACAGGUCUACACACAUGUGGUAACCUAGGUCCUGAUUCCCUAAGGAUAUUCUCAUCUCAAACAUCUACCACUGGUCUAUUCAAUGUGCCGUGCUGCUAUCAUCUCCUCACGGAGAAGGUGGAUGUUGAUCUCUUCGAUGUCUUCCAGAGAGACUAUGGCUGUGAAACAUCGGAACAUGGAUUUCCAUUAUCAGAGUAUUUAAGGGGUUACAAUCUAGGGCGCAAUGCUAGAAUGUUGGCCGCGCAGUCGCUGGAUCGUGUGUUGCAUCAUAGACAGCUGCCCAACAAGAGUUUGCUAUAUAGGGCUCUGUUCCAGGUAAUAGCAAAGACACAUUUACCGAAAUCAAAUUUAAAAGACGGUAAAUUAAAAAGAGUGGCUUCGAAAUGUGAUAAUUUUACACAAUACUUCAAGAUGGCGGACAAUGUUCUGUCAUUGGGUCUAUUUGACAGAUUGCCUGACAGUUACUUGACAGAUGUGUCAAACGACCUCCAAUAUCAAUGGAAACAAAUUGUCAUGUUCAAUUUUUUGAGGUUAUGUUUAGCACAAGUUAUUGAGAGUGUUGUUUUAUUAGACAGGUUAUUAUAUUUAUUUGAGAACGGAUAUGGAAAGUCGUAUAUAGUUAAAUUGUUUGAUCCUGUCAUGUCACCGAGGUGUCACAGUAUUGUUGCUGUUAGAUAACAUUUGGUUGAAAAAUUCUU